AUGUCUGACUCGUCUACGGAAUCUGACCACCUCUGUGUUUUGGUGCACGGGCUCUGGGGCAACCCGUCGCAUUUGGACUAUGUGGCCUCGGCGCUGAGAGAACGACAUGAAGAUGACAUCCACAUCCUAUGCGCGAAAGAGAACAGCGGUAAUUGGACGUAUGAUGGGAUUGAGCUCGGCGGAGAGCGAUUGGCGCAUGAGAUCGAAGAGACCCUCGAAGUUCUGAACAAGAAGGGACAGAAGAUCCAGAAGCUGAGCAUUGUUGGCUAUUCACUGGGUGGUUUGAUCGCGCGAUAUGCGAUUGGCUUGCUUCAUAACCAAGGAGUGCUCGAUAAGCUCGAGCCCUUGAACUUCACCACAUUUGCGUCCCCGCAUGUUGGAGUGAGAACACCGCUCAAGGGCUUCAGGAGUCAUAUUUGGAAUGGCUUGGGAGCGAGGACUAUCUCCAUGUCCGGUCAGCAGCUGUUCCUGAUUGACGAAUUCCGGGACACCGGGCGUCCCUUACUCAGCGUUCUGGCGGAUCCGGAAAGCAUCUUCAUCCAGGGACUCAAGAAGUUCCGCCAUCGAAGUGUCUAUGCAAAUAUCGUCAACGACCGGUCUGUUGUGUUCUACACCUCGGCCCUCUCCAAGGUGGACCUUUUCCACGACCUAGAGAACAUCAAUAUCAACUACGUCAAAGGAUACGACAAUGUCAUCAUCGAUCGUGACAAUUACUUAUUGCCUCUCAUAUCAGAAGAUCCGCACGGCGGUUCUUCUCGAAUUUGGAAGCAAUGCAAGUCAUUCGUGUCUGGACUACCUUUCUAUCUACUCCUUCUUAUCUUGAUUGGUCCCGCUUCCACGAUAUUCCUUGCGAAUUCAGUCGUGCAGACAGUCCGCAGUCGGAAACGAAUUCGUUUGCAUGGCGAAGGGAAGAACGGCAAGCUCUUUGGAAGAUAUCGGGUGCCUUUACUGGUGCAGGACGUUCAGCAUGCUAUGGAAGAAGUGUUUGAGAACGUCAAUGCUCGACAAGAGCCUGCUUAUCUUUCGGGCAGUGAAGCCGAAGAGACUGGGCUAUCGAAACGGCAUGCGAGCAUCUUAAAAUCAGACGGGGCUGACGAGUAUGACGUUUCAGAUGUAUCUGCUGAAGGCUCGUCAAACUUCCCUACACUUGCCCUAAUGCCUGAACAAUUUGCCAUCAUCGAUUCACUUAAUGCUGUGGGGUUCCACAAGUACCCUGUGCAUAUCCAGAAGCACCGACACAGCCACGCAGCUAUCAUCGUCCGGAUGCCCAAGGAAAGCUUUACGGAGGGUAAAACCGUCAUGAAACACUGGUUGGAUAAUGAGUUUGUGGUAUGA